GGGGAGUAGGAAGCUUCAUAGUAACUACGUUUGAAGUUCAUUCUACAAAAUGGGGUCACAAAAUUCAGUGAUAAAUAAUUGAAAACAACAUAAUAUUUUGGACAUUUUGACGUAAUAAAAAAUUGAAAACGGUAUUUUUGGUGUGACAUGGCACAACAAUGUUUUUCAAAGUUGAUUGACAUGGUAGUUGGAAAAUCGGAGUUUCUAAUGUUCUCGCAGGUUUGCAAGGAACUUGGCCUUCGAAACGAGAUGGAAUGUAUUGUGACUGCCAUGUCUGCUAUGGAACCAAUCAUUGUGAAGGCUGAUGAACAACAAGCUUACUCCAUUGAGUUUCGGAAUUGGUGUCUCAAUCUCAAAACUCACUUGUAUGAGGCUGAAGAUAUGUUGGACAAUCUCCACACUCUUCGCAACCUUGUUAUUUCACAACCACAGGAUGGGGAAGUUGUUGGUGACUUGCUUCGGGGGCUAGAUCAUAAUCAAGCUCUGUCAUGUUUUGGUACUCAACAUGGUGAAUUACAUAAAGGAAUGAGGCCACGCGAGAGUGGUAUUUUGUUGAAAGUGAUAUGUUGUUUUGGAUUUGUUUUUGGUUAUAUGGUGUUUAUGUACUAGAAAAAGUUGAAAUAACGAAGUAAAUGCUCGUACAUAUAUAGUUUUUAUUUUACAUAGGGUGUGUUUGCCAUAAUGUUCUUGUUAUUCAUUGUUUGUUUAAAGUUGGAAAUAGAUUGGCUUGAACUGUUGUUGGUUUUUAAAGGGAUGUAUAAAUAAAUAAUAAUUUGAGUUUUAAUGGUGA